AUGGGUGGGGGGCACUGUGGUCUUUGGAGUCCUCGGGGUCCCCAGCCCAUUGCGCCCGGCGACAGCCCCGUGUCCUUCCCUGCAUCCACCCAGAGCUGUCUCGGGAGCCCGCGGCCCACCCGCCCUUGCGGCUGUGACGUCUCUCUGGGGCUUCGAAUCCCGGGCGGGAGGCGACGGCAAACAGACAAAAUAGUGACUCGGUCGUUAAGAGACGAGACAAAGAGGCGGGUCAGUGGCGGGGAUCCGGGAAGCCUUCCUCGGACUGGGUGGUCCCGAAGUCUUCGCAGUGGGGUCCUCAGGGAAGCGGGUGGCUCUGCAAGGCCCCGGGAGGGAGCGGCGUCCCAGGACCGGAAGGGGCCGCAGGGCCGAGGGAGGAGGGCAAGGGCGGGCAGGGGCGCGGGGACCCAGGGCUUCCGCCCGGGAGGGGUCGCCACGGCGGCUGUGGGUCCACCCAGUAGGUGGUGUCGACGGCUAGCCCCGCCCCAACACCUGUUCCCGGGUCCCAGCUCACGGCCGCUGUCCAGACUCCUUCUCUCCCUUCCCUGGCCAACCCUAGUCUGGCCCUGGUCCAGUGCCACGCAAAGUCCCGCGCCUCCCCCUCCGGGAAGCCCUCCGGAAUCUUGGCGCCAAACCGAUCCCUCCGCGGAUCUGGGGCGGCGGGCGGCUCAGGUCCUCGGGCUACACACGUGCGUCUACGCCGGGUGCGCGCCUCCAGGCAGGCGGCCAUUCACGGAGGUGGGGCAGCCCACUCUCCACUCGGGCCGGGAGGAAGAAACCGAGUGGAGGAGGAGGGCGUUGGAAAGCCUCAGGGGUCUGGCGGGAAUCCUCGGAGCGGACCCUGCCAGCUCGGAAAGCCCUGGGAACGCUGGUUGGCCCGGUGCCGGGGCGGCUAGGACCAGUCCUGCCGACCAGGAGGCCACCGGGGUCACAGAGCCUCCACCCACGCGAGCGGGCUGCGCGGGGGACAGACAGCCCGCGAGCGCCCCCGGCGGCCACCGGCGCCUCCUGCUGCUGGAGUCGUCGGGGAGCUGCCCGCCUGAGCUGGGGCCCGUCUGCGUGGGCCCCGGCCGCCCCCAGCCACCCGCGGGGACCAGACCCGCAGGGCUUCAGGCCGGAAGGAGAGGCCGAGGAGCCGGUUCUUCGCCGUUCUUUCUCUCGUAGUUGUUAGAUGGACUUGCCCUGCUGUGCCUGUGCCCUCCCCUGUAAAAUGGGUUACCUUUUUAUUUAUCCCAGGGUUACUGGAAAGGAAAUGGGAUCCGACUUUGAAAGCACUCAGCACACGGUGAGAACUGGAUACGUGUCAGCUACUGUUGUUCCUGCCCCCGGGAGGCCUCCUCGUGCAGGGAGUGAACAGAGGGCCAUGGGACCGACACCCAUUCCCUUAGCCACCUGAUACUGGGCAGCGAGAGCAUCCUAGCGCCUGAUGAGCGGCAGCAUCUCCCUGUGGCUGGGCAUUGUCAACAUUGUUCUCCAAAAUCUGAGUGUUGACACCUCUCCACGUUUAGGAAGUCAUGUUCCCCUAAUUUCUGGGCGAUUCUUGUCUUCUGUAAGCCACAUAAAAUCAGGUUGCUUUUAACCAGCCUGGCAGUCCUGGUCAUUUAGCCCCUGGACUUUGAACCUCUGGCCACAGGAUUGUGAGAGAAUAAGUUUCUGUUCUUUUAAGGCUCUCAAUUUGUGGCGAUUUGUCACAGCAGGAAACCAAGGCAGGCGCUCCUGUUCUCCGGGUCCGUGGCUGGCCUCCUUAAUGACUUCGAAUUUAGUUCCUCCUGUCAGAAGCAGGAAGACAGCUGGUAACACGGCGUGAAUCCACUAAAAGAAAGUGAGGAUUCUAGUACUGUCUGCUAAUGUCAAGAAGUCAGGAGACGCAUAUACCAUUUAAUACAGGCCUCUGGAGGGGACGGGGAUUUUCACAUUCCGUA